GUAAUUAGUAGCUAUUAACUGAUAGUGGAUAGAUAAUUGCAUUAAUAGAUAGUUGAUAAUGGCUUGCAGCGAAUGAAUAAUUGUGUUAGCAGAUAAGUGACAGCGAAACGUAAUAGUCUAUUUGACUAAACACACUAUAUUAGUUGUUUGUGAAUAAUUUGUUUUUGUAAACAGCAAAUUGUGUUAGCAGUUCAAGGCCCGUUGAUCACGAGCGGGUUCAGGACUGGUUUCGGGCCGGUUUGAUUUGGCCGGAUGCCGAGUCCUCAAUUUUAGUGAAGGUUUCUACUUUUUAAACCAAAUUCCUCUGUCUCUCUAGAUCCAAUCUCCGCAUUCCAAUAAAUCGAACAUGUCGUCAACCUUCAGCGGCGAUGAAACGGCACCGUUCUUCGGCUUCCUCGGCGCCGCUGCCGCCCUUGUCUUCUCCUGCAUGGGAGCUGCUUACGGCACGGCAAAGAGCGGUGUUGGUGUGGCCUCGAUGGGCGUGAUGCGGCCGGAGCUGGUGAUGAAGUCCAUUGUGCCCGUAGUCAUGGCUGGUGUCUUGGGUAUCUACGGCUUGAUUAUUGCUGUGAUUAUUAGUACCGGUAUUAACCCUAAGGCCAAGUCCUACUAUUUGUUUGAUGGCUACGCUCACCUCUCUUCCGGACUCGCUUGUGGUCUCGCCGGCCUUGCUGCUGGUAUGGCCAUCGGGAUCGUUGGCGAUGCUGGUGUCAGGGCUAAUGCACAACAACCAAAGCUCUUUGUUGGGAUGAUUCUUAUCCUUAUUUUUGCUGAAGCCUUGGCUCUCUAUGGUCUCAUUGUCGGCAUCAUCCUUUCUUCUCGUGCUGGUCAGUCUAGGGCUGAUUAGGAGGGUAUGUGUCAUUUGUGGAUUUCUUGUGUUUCUUGCUAUCAAGUAAGAGUCGUAUUUAUCUCCCUCGUUUGUAUUGUAGUGUGGCCAUGACAAUGUUUUCAGGAUUAAGGAUAUUUUGUUUUGUUUUUCUUUGUGGAAACUUACGUGGCUGAAACUGAGUGUUUCAUGUGUAUUGUGGUAGAUUAUAGAUGAGAAGUUCCUUUUAUACUGAAUAAAGUUUCUGAAAUUUUUAUUAAUGGUGUGUCUUUGCAAGAAACUGAUUCAUUUUGUGUAAUAACAUUUCUCGUAUUAUCUUUCGGCAAAAACCCUUCUACUUAUUAUAUUCCAAACUGAUUAAUCGUGUGGCCACGUCAGGUUCACCAGGGUGGGUGGGGGGUUUUUUGCACUUGU